UUCAGUAUUUGACUCACAUCCUGCUGAGGUCUCAGCUGUUGUUUAUUCUUUCAUUCAAGCUUUAUGACGCGAUUUGUUUUCUAAUCACUUCAUGUCGCUGUCUUCUCUUUCUUUAAUAAUUAUAUGUCAAAACUGUCGUGUCCAAACGGAUCCCAGUCACACGUCUGUGGAACCAAUGAGCCGGUUCAUGUUUCCCCUGGUGUUGGUUGGGGAACGCUGACUCGUUUCUUUGUGUGCGCAGUUCGAUGUCAUGCACAUACCUGUGUUCAAACUUUAUUGUGAAAGUCUGUGUUUAUGUUCCCUUUUUUUAGGAAUUUGAAAUAAUUUUACUUUGAUGACUCAUCGAAAAAAUAAAAAUCUACUGAAAAAGAGAAACGGGAAUCAGAACAAGAAUUCAAAUCUAAACGUGGAUUCUUCUUCGGCUGUACAUUUUAUCAAAGAAAAUGUUGGGCUGUGUUUUAAAAAAUACCAUUAAAUAUUUUUUUCACGUGACUGUAAAUCACAUCUUUACUCGGAACACAAAUUCCUUUGUGCUUGCAUCAGGAGGCCGUGAAAGUCUGCCAAAUGCACCAUCCGCUGUGGAAACCCCGUGAGACUUUGAUCGUUGUCUUAUUGAAAUUUCUCGGUAGGCUGAAAAUCGUGCGGUGGGACAAACCGCGUUUAAACCAAAUGAUUAAGUGUAAACUUUUAGGUACACGAGGACUUCGAGAGUCUUAGAGUCGACGAUACAAAGGUCACAUAUUUGUCUGCAUGAUUUAUACACCAAAUAUGGCCCCGAGGGAUCCAGUAAUGAAUAAAGAUCAGAUAACUUGGUCUAAAUUUGUUGGAAAUGAAAUGAAAUUUGAUAUCAAAUUAAAUGAUUUGUUGAGGAAAAUAAUAAUCAGUUAAGUUCUGCGGCUGCUGAAGAAAAACAGGAAGAAUAAGGUUGUUCAGCUGGGAGCCAGCAGGUGGAGCCAAAGAGGCGCAGAAACGAAGCUCGUCGUUUAAUCGACGCGCUCUGCAGCACAUAGUCUUUCCCCACUGAGACGAACCCAGCUGCACAAAUCUGCAGAUUUUCACACGAUGCAAAAAUGUCCCAAUAACUGAAAAAUGAGACAGAGACACGCCCUCAAUGUCCCCUCACUUCAAAACAGGUCAGAUGGUAUAAAAGCAGAAAGGUUGUAAACAACAGAGAAAGGUCAUUAUAUCACCACCACCCCACUCCCACCCCCACCCACCAAUCAGAGUGGUGCAAAAAUGUCCUAAAAUGUACCCACAAUUAGUGAAAGCCCUGAAAUACCCUCAAAAAGACACCGACACAAGCACGUACACAAAGAUGCUCAUAUCUGCCUCCAUAUCUGCCUCGUUACUGCUGUAAUAAGACUCCAGAUAAGACCCUCCACCAAGCACGGGCUGCAGUCAGACUGGGCUGUGACUCACAGCUCCGAAGCCCCGCCCACACGGAGUACAUAAGCCGGCGAUCUGAAGCGGCGCCUCCAGAUCUUUGGCAUCUAUUGUCAGCAAACCUGAACUGAUUCCUGAUGGUGGUACAGGAGAAAAGUCGUAUGGAGGCGAUGGAGGGAAACCAGCAGAGGGUGGAGGUGAACAUCCUGCUGCUCGGAGCUCACAAUGUCGGCAAGUCCGCUCUCACCGUCAGAUUUUUGACCAGGAGAUUCAUCAGCGAGUACGGCGACAUCGAGUCAGUUUACAGCCGAGUUGACAGAAUUGAUGGGCAGGAGAUCUGCUUCAACAUCUGGGACUCUCAGUAUGCACAGCCCGGAGAGAAGAGUUCCUCCGUCAGCGACAAACAGCUGCAGUGGGCUGACGGGAUGAUCCUCGUCUACAACAUGUGUGAUCGCAGCAGCUUCGACAUUGUCCAGCAGCAGCUGCAGCAGAUACGUCGAAGCAGGAAGCCGUCCUCUGUCCCCAUCAUCAUCGUGGCAAACAAACGCGACCUGCAGCGGCACCGCAGCGUCUCUGGCGAGGAGGGAAGGUUGCUCGCCCUGUCCCAACAGUGUGGCUUCUUCGAGGUGUCCGCGGCGGAGACGUACCACGGCGUCCUGCUGGUGUUUCACCGCCUGGUCGACCUCGUGAAAGAGACACGAGCUAUAAGAAAAAGCAUGGCCGGCGUCCGAGGGAUCGUCAGGAGCGUGUCUGCAGUGUUUGCAAAGAAACGGGCGGAGUAGACUCAACAUGCAAAGGUUGUUUUUGCUCAUUCUGAUGAGAUGAAAACGUCAGGGCGAGAAUUUCCUGUCAGAUGCCUCCUGAGUGAAGUCAAAGGUCAGAUACGAGACGGGCUGAGGAGGUUGAGAGAACGAUUCUUUAUUGGAAGGUCGACGGUAAAGCUGGUCAGAGAAAAGUUGUUUCAGAAUAAAGAGGGGCAGCUGGAGCUGAAGACCUUUAGCUCAGCUAGCAGAGAGGCGAUGAAUAUCUCGGCACUUAUCAGACACUGACACAAAGUUUCUUCCUCAGAGGAUGAAUCCUAAUUACACAGGUGGUCCUCUGACUUUUCCAUUAGCCGCACAGGCAGGAUGCUCUUCCAUCCGAUGAGCUGACGAACUCUUUCAGCACCGAAGAGCGUGAACCCGACUGACUUCAGUCACGUAACCUCCUCUGAUUAAAUUCUGGUAACCAUUCUAUCGAACCAAUAGUGUUGUAAUAGGGCCGACAUUAUGUGCUCCAUUCUUUGGUUUGUGACCAAACGUGCAAAAACACUGACUGUAGCAUUAGCCUUGUGUAUAGUCUUUAGCAUGCUAAGGUAGCAAGCAUGCACUAAAUUUGCAUUGUUUCAGAAAAUAUUUUAAAAGCUCAACAAAUUCUCGAGUUCCCCUUGAAACAUCUGAAAUCAUCAGGACUCUGCAGCCUGGUGGGAAUGUCGGAAAGUUUUGUGUGUCAGACGGACGUCUUUAAUUCAUCAGCUACUUACAUUUCUGUUGGAUUAAAAAACUGGUUUAGAUGUGAACUCGCUCACUGACUGACGAUCAGCGUUUUUUCUGGCUGUGAUUUCAAACAGGUUAUCAGGUUCUCCAGACACUAAACUUACACCAUCAUGGACCUGCAGGAAUGCUGGGUUCAGUCUGUUUUUAGCUCCUGGAUGAACGAGUGGCCCGCUGUCAGCUGACCCAGCUAUCUGGGAUAUAUGAGAACAAAAGAACCUAUCUGUACUGUAAAAUGAAUGUUUCUUUUUGUACAUAAAUCUAUUUAUUCAUAUCAGUGUUGUACAGAAAUUUUUCCCCCUGAAAUUCAAACCUGAAUAAACAACAUGAACCAAAGUCACUGUUCAGUCCUCUGAGGUUUGACGAAGCUUUUAUUUGAACUUGUGGCUCAGUCAGAAACACUUUCAGAUCAUCGUUUACAUAAGUGGUUUCAUACAGACAAGAGUGACAACCAUAAAACCAAUGAUAACUUCUAAAUUAUCAAAACUAUAUUAAUUAAAAGAGAUUAAAUGAGUUUCAGCAAAUUUCUGUCCAAAUAAAACGGGUCACUUCCUGACAGGUUUGAACGUGAAAUAUUUCAAAGUGCUCGAUAUUUUGGACAAUUACAACCACCGCUGAUCACUUUGACUAGAUUCUGCUGCAUCUGUCUUUUUUACAUAAUAAAGUUCAGAACUUGGCGAACAUUCGUCUACCCAACAAGUCUUGGUAUCAAACCCAUCCACACAUCUCCAACCAACAACACAGAGCCUUCAUCACUACUUUUGUUAAGGUUCAAAAUUGAGGAAGGAGAGUACAAACCACCCUUGGUCCAGAAGCUCUUGGUCAAACAAUGAUUUUUAAUGAACACACGUGUGGGAAGAAUAAUCUGUACACAGACAGGAAUUAAUCUUCGACUUAAUCAGAGCAUACACAGAUAUUUUAUAGCAUCAGGGUUUGAUUUACUGACGCCCCUUCAUGC